AAAACUCAUUUUGAUGUCAAUAAAUGAUGGUAUCAAAAUGCCAUGAAAUGUAGCAAAGAGAAAUUUGGAAAUGUAAAAAAACGUAAACAAAGCCAACCAAUAUUUACUUCUAUAGAAACAAUUCCAUAAGCAUCUUGUAUUUGUAAAAAUGGCCCUGAAGACUGGAUUAAUGGAGAUCACAUCUAACAUCUACAAGACCAAAAUGAUUGGCGCGUUCAAACGUAACGAAGACAUUUUAUCACGAAAUUUUUAUAAGGAUAUAAAUAUUGAACAGCAUCAAAACUAUCUUCUAAAAGAAGAAACUGAGAAAUCUAGCGAAACCUUUAUCAAAACCAACCCAAUGUGUGAUUUAAAUUGUAUUUAUUACAGUUUCAUAAAAGAAAAAUUCAGAAUUGCGUUCAAUGGAAUUCUGCUUUCGUACUUCACUAAAAGACCUAAUGAUGGAAACAGAGGUAAUGAAAGCGUAGAUGUUACAGCAGAGAAAGAUAAUGCUUUGAAUAAAUAUAAAACGCGCUUAGAGGCAAUCAAAAAGAUUUUGAGAGAGAAAAGGGCUAAAAUGAAAACCCUCGAAUCGGAAGGCAAACCUAAUAAGUCUUGAUUUAGCAUAGCUAGGGUUCAGUUCUCGUAGAAAGACUAAAUAACCAAGUCUGAUAAUGACAUUGAUACAGUCAUUAACAUUAAUAAAAUAGAUAUUCCACACUAUAACUUAACAUUUUAUUGAACUGUUUGAUGUACCUAUAACAAACGGUGCAUAUUGUGGUGAUGUACCUAAAUAAAUCAAUAAUAAUACACAAAUAUUAUAAAAAAUCUAA